GUAGUAAGGGAAAAAAUGCGUUUGGCUUUUCCCCGUGGAAGAAGUCCGCUUCUGAUAAAUUCAACCAACACAAAGCAAUUUCAUCAACAGCAGCGACAACGACAACGACAACGACAACAACAACAUCGCAUCCCCUCUCUCUCCUCAUUCUUCCUCAAAACUUCCAUUUCUCUCUCCUCUUCCUCAAUUUCUCCCUUCAAAACCCUAACCUUCUUCUUCUCUUCCUCACCUCGAACUUCAUCAAUGGAGGCGGACGACUCCACCAACCAUGGCUUCGAUCGCCCUGAGAUGUUUUCACUCUCCGUGGCUAAUACUGUCGAUGCUUACGAUCGCCAUGUCUUUCUCUGCUACAAAACGCCUGAUUCUUGGCCUGCUAUCGUUGAGAACUCCGAUGCCGAUCCACUUCCUAAACUUCUAUCCUCUGCUCUUAAGGCUCGCAAGGAUGACCUUCCUGUCAAGACUCGUCUGACCAUAUGCGGGGGAUGCAAUGGGGAUGAGUGCUCAGAUGGUGAUAUAUACAUUUUCCCAGAGAUGGUCAAAUAUAGGGGUUUGAAGGAGUCUGAUGUGGAUGCAUUUGUGGAUGACGUUCUUGUGAACGGUAAAACAUGGGCUUCUGAAACGCCUGAGUCCUUGGUUGGUGCAUAUGUUUUUGUUUGUGCCCAUGGUAGCAGAGAUAUGAGGUGUGGUGUAUGUGGUCCUGUUCUCAUUGAUAAGUUCAACGAGUUAAUUGAGUCCAGAGAUUUGAAGGAUAAGGUUUUCGUGAGUGGUUGUUCUCAUGUUGGCGGUCAUAAGUACGCUGGAAAUGUGAUCAUCUUUGGGACAAAUGCUGAGGGCAAGGUUACUGGUGAUUGGUACGGUUACGUCACUCCAGCUGAUGUUUCAGACUUGCUUGAUGUUCACAUUGGCAAAGGAGAAAUAAUAGAAAAGCUAUGGAGGGGCCAAAUGGGCUUGAAAUUGGAGGCUGCUGAGAAAGGAGAUAACAAAUCUCCAACUGAAAACAUUCAGGAGAAAUCGCAGGAUUCUGGAAACGAGGUUAAGGAAAGCUCCACAAGCUGUUGCCAGGGUACAAAUGGAGUUUCAUGUUGCAGGGAUAGCUCUGUUGGCAAUGGUGAAGUUGCAGAAGCAAACUUGAAGAAAUCCACAAACGAGCCUUGCAAGAAAAUCAGGGUAUGCUUGCCAGCUUGGACAGGGAAAUGGGAGCAAAGUGAUCUUCUGAUGGCUGGUGCAGUUGUUGGGGCUGUAGCAACUGUUGCUGUGGCUUAUAGCAUCUUCAGAAGGUCGGCAUAGGUUCUCGAAAUGUCUGCUUGCAAUUUGUUGUGUGAAUGAUGAUCUUUUUGUAGCAAGAUGUAAACAAUGAUUCUUAAACCCACACCUUUGGUUACUGGUUAACUGCUAGUAUAGCCCUUAAAAGGUAGGGAUAGAUUUGGGUGAUUCGGUGGGAUUUUAAGAUGAAUCACUUCGAUGUACCAAUAUAUUGCUUCUUAAGCACUGCACAGUUUAUAUGUCGGGGGAUUGGAGAAUCCUUGUCUGAAAUUGAAAUUGAUCUGUACUUCUUUGCUAGUAAA